UGCGUGCUAACGUCAGUUCCUGACCCGUUGACCCGUCUCUUCUCUGGCUCAGAGCGCAGCGUGAAGGUGAGCGCCACCAUGAAACAAGCCGUUACAGGUGAACAAAUCUCCAAGUGGUUCACAUCAGGGACUGCAUUUACCACUCUGAACCUCGAAGAGGAGACGAAAACCGGAUAUCGUACACCGACAGAAUCCAGCCCAGUAAUACCUGAUGAUUCCAGCCAGAAAGCUGAUGUUGGAAGGAGCCAAAAACCAGAACCUUCAAAGGGUCCUCCUCUUUCUCCCCGCCCCAGUUCUGAAUACCCAAGCUUGCCCAUAACCAAAAACAAGGAAGAACUGGUUUCCUUCAUAGAAAGCAACUCAGUUGUGAUCAUUCGAGGAGCCACAGGCAGUGGCAAGACCACUCAGCUGCCACAGUUCAUUUUGGACCACUACAAUGAGAAAAAUGCCCCGUGCAACAUUGUGGUCACUCAGCCACGCAAGAUUGGAGCCACCAGUAUCGCUCGCUGGGUUGCUGCUCAGAGGAAGUGUACCCUAGGUAGUCUGGUGGGAUAUCAGGUCGCACUGGAGAAAAUGGCCACUGAGCACACUCGACUAAUUUACUUGACCACAGGGGUUCUUCUGCAAAAGCUCGUGCUGGCCAAGUCUCUCACAGAGUUCUCUCACAUUUUUGUAGAUGAGGUACAUGAGCGCACCGAAGACAUGGACUUUCUGUUGUUAGUGUUGAGAAAACUCCUCCAUUCCAACUCUCGUCAUGUCAAGAUAAUCCUCAUGUCAGCCACCAUCAACUGUAGAGAGUUUGCUGAUUACUUUGCGACGCCGAUAUGGGGCAAGAUGAGCCCCGCUUAUGUGUUUGAAGUGGAGGGAGCACCCUACACCAUUGAAGAGUUUUACCUCGAUGACCUCCAGAAACUGUUUCCUUACAGGAUUGAGUCGCCUUAUCCCGAUGACCUGAUGAUCUCGCCUAAGAUGUAUGACCUCGCCAUCAGUCUGAUCCAGAACUUUGAUGAGAUAGAGGGCAAAGAUUUCAGCAAAGCUCAGAAAGAUGGUGGGCUGACUGUGUCAGAGAGAGGAAGUGUUCUGGUUUUCCUUCCUGGGAUACAUGAGAUUCGCUGCAUGCAGGAGACCUUGGCCAAGCUUGUUCACCAAAGAUUGCAGAUUUAUCCUCUCCAUUCAUCUGUGACUCUGGAGGAGCAGAAUGGUGUGUUCCUUUCCCCUGUCCCUGGAUACAGGAAGGUGAUCCUCUCUACCAACAUCGCUGAGAGUUCGGUGACUGUGCCAGACGUCAAAUACGUUAUUGACUUCUGCCUGGCCCGUCGCUUGGUGUGUGAUAAAGAUACUAAUUAUCAGUCUCUGCUUCUGACCUGGGCGUCCAAAACCAACUGCAACCAGCGCAAAGGGAGGGCAGGCCGAGUGUCAAAGGGCUACUGCUACCGUCUUGUGACUAAAGAUUUCUGGACGAAUGAAAUCCCUGAAUAUAUGAUUCCUGAGAUGCAGCUUGUUCCUCUGUCAACCAUCCUGUUAAAGGUCAAGCUGCUGAACAUGGGAGACCCUCGCUCCCUCCUCUGUACAGCACUCUCACCUCCUAACCUUGUUGACAUUGUGAGGACAGUGCUCCAACUCAUAGAGAUGGGUGCCCUGUCUGCGAAAACUGAUGGCAAAACUCAGAGCGAGGAUGGUGAGCUGACGUUCCUUGGCCGAGUGCUUGCCCACUUGCCUGUGGAUCUUUACCUGGGAAAGAUGAUUGUCCUGGGUCAUGUCUUUGGCUGUCUGGAUGAAUGUCUCAUCAUAGCUGCGUCACACUCCCUGAAGAGUUUCUUUGCCAUUCCAGCCAUGCAGCAGCUUGCAGGUCACAGGAGCAAGCUAGCUUUUGCCCGUGGUGUCCCAAGUGACUCGAUGGCGUUUGUCAAUGCCUUUAAGGCGUGGUACUCUGCCAGAAAGAAAGGAGAACUGAGACACCCAAAGGAUGAGCUGAGCUGGGGCCGAGAGAACUUCAUUCAGAUCAAGAGGAUCAGAGAGGUUGCAGAGUUGUACGAGGACCUGAAGAAGCGUGUUUCCCAGUUUAACAUGCACGUUCCAGAGGAACCUCCGUCCCCAGACAACUUAAGCAAGCACAGGCAGACGUUCAUUCUUCUGGUUGUCAUUGCUGGCGCCUUCUACCCAAACUAUUUCUUCCAGCAGGAGACAGAUGACCGGCAGGCCUGCAAAGAGCUGAUGGGCCUCAACCCUCAAACAACGAUCAUGGUAAAGAACCUCCCUCCCUACAGUUUCCUGUAUUACAAACAGCUGCAGUCUUUGUUCCGCCUGUGUGGACAAGUGAAGACUAUCUCCUUCGAUUGCUCCAGAGCUUAUUUGGAGUUUCACAGGACUUCCAAGGAUUCGGGGGUUUUGCCUGAGGUGACGCUCUCCCUCCUGAUGGCCAAUAAGGGCUUCAGAAGGGAGCUGUCCAUCUAUCCCUCUGAGCAGAUUGAAAUCUGUGCAGGGAGGAGAGCCAUUACUCACCUGAGAUUUUCACGGUUGACGGCUGAUAUCCAGAGCCAGUCUCUCUCCCUGAUGGAUGCCGUUAACACCAAGCUUAACCCAGAAAAGCUGCCUCCCAAUCGCCUGUUUGUUGUGAACAUCACAGAAGUGAUUGACGUGGGUCAUUUCUGGGGAUUCCCAGCAGAUGAAGCCAGCUUGGAAAAACAGCGACAUCUGACAGCAGAGAUCAACAAGUCGACUUUGUCUCCUGUGACCGUGUCACUUUACCCAAAUCUGCUGUGUCUGGCCCCAUACUCUGAGAACAGUGAGGAGAGCCUCUACUACCGAGCCAAGAUCCUGCACAUGCGUGGCAACACAGUGGAGGUGUUCUUCUUGGACUUUGGUAACAGAGCAGUUGUUUCCAGCAACAGCCUCAGAGAACUUCCAUCUGAUCUGCUGUCUGAGCCCUUUCAGGCCCGGGAGUUCCAGGUUGCUGGAAUGCGCCCUUCAGCCCAGUCCAUCAUACUGGGAAACCAGUGGAGCAGCCGUGCCCGGGACUGCUUCAUCACAAUGGUGAAGCAUCAGUCAGUCAUCGUGUCUCUCUACUCCAUCCUGUAUGGUGUCAUGCGUGUAGAGCUCCUCAUCAACAAGGAAUCGAAAAAUACCAGCGUGGUAGACAUACUGGUGGAGGAGGGCCAUGCUGUGAAAGCAGAGGAGAACUUUGAUUCUCAGCAAAGCCAUGAAGAACUUAUGUCAAUGUACGAUGACGUAGAGAAAGGGACAUAUGUUCCCGGUUCUGUUGGCAGCUCCUGGAGAGAUCGCAAGAAGCUGGACGAGGAGACGAUCAACAGUCUGCUGGCUCAGCUUUCCAGUAGCCCCAACUCCUCCUCCAAGAGAAACGUUAAUCUGAAAGGACCUUUGAGUCCCUACCAGACAAACUUCUACAGCUUGAGGAGGAAAACCUACUACAGGACCGUGCUUAUUGAGAAAAACAGCAUCAACUCCUUGACUCUGAAUGAAAACCCACAUUUCAAGCAUCAAAGAAUGCUGGUGGCCGGGAUGGUGGCCGUCAACGCUUCAGGUACGCAGAUCCUGGUGAAUGAUACCUCCAUCCUGCCUGACAUCCCUGGCAUGCCUGGUCUGGUGAUGAUGCUCUUCACUCCCGUCAUGGAGCUACGCACAAACGAAGAACGGAGCUACUACACCGGUGCUCUCUGCGGCUUAGGCGUCAACAGCCUAACACAGGAAGCCAUCCUGCCUGAGAACGACAUCGAACUGGCCUUCGACGUCAAGUUUGAUGUCAAGGACAUCAUUGAGAUUAACACUCUGCGGGUGGCCAUCAACAACCUGCUGUGCAGCGGGCCCAGCAACACUCUCCAUCUAAACCCUGACAGGAUCAGCCAGCUGCAGGAGGACUGCCGGGACGGCCUGACCAGACUGUUCAUUAGGUCUCCUCCAAGAGAAGCGGUCACUCCGAUUUACCAUGAGAACCAAGGAAAGUGGAACCAGGUUGACCCGUCUCUCAGAAUGGACAUUACAGAACGAGGAGGUGGAAAUGGUCGAGGUGUUCUCUUCCAGCUACAUUCUCCCAUUGUGCUCAAUGGUUAAACAAAAGCUCUGUCUGGAACUGAUACAAAUAAUAAAAUGAGAGCAGUUGCUUUAAAUGUUAAUUUUAUGUUUAAAUAAGUCUUUUAAUCAGUGCUGUAAAAUCGUUUCUGUUAUCACUGCUGGAACUCCCUGUUGAUCUGAAAGGGCUGUUUUAAGUUCAUGCAGUUUGCAGUUUAUUAACAGGCCAUUAAAAAUAGUUGUUUGCAGCAGA